AUGGAGGCGGGGUCGGGGCCCCCGGGCGGCCCGGGCUCGGAGAGCCCCAACCGGGCGGUGGAGUACCUGCUGGAGCUGAACAACAUCAUUGAGAGCCAGCAGCAGCUGCUGGAGACGCAGAGACGGCGCAUCGAGGAGCUGGAGGGCCAGCUGGACCAGCUCACCCAAGAGAACCGCGACCUGCGGGAGGAGAGCCAGCUGCACCGCGGGGAGCUGCACCGGGACCCCCACGGCGCGCGGGACAGCCCGGGCCGCGAGAGCCAGUACCAGAACCUGCGGGAGACCCAGUUCCACCACCGCGAGCUGCGGGAGAGCCAGUUCCACCAGGCGGCCCGGGACGUGGGCUACGCGAGCCGCGAAGGCGCCUACCAGAACCGGGAGGCGGUGUACCGGGACAAGGAGCGGGACGCCUCCUACCCGCUCCAGGACACCGGUGGCUACUCGGCCCGGGAGCGCGACGUGGCCCAGUGCCACCUGCACCACGACAACCCGGCCCUGGGGCGCGAGCGGGGCGGGCGGGAUGCGGGGCCGGCGCACCCGGGCCGCGACAAGGAAGGCGGCUACUCGGCGGCGGCGGUGGGCGUGGGGCCCCGGCCCCCUCGGGAGCGGGGCCAGCUGAGCCGUGGCGCAUCCCGGAGCUCCAGUCCCGGCACCGGCGGCGGCCACAGCACCAGCACCAGCACCAGCCCGGCCACGACCCUCCAGAGAAAAUCGGAUGGUGAGAAUUCCAGAACAGUCAGUGUGGAGGGUGAUGCCCCAGGCAGUGACCUGAGCACAGCGGUCGAUAGUCCUGGGAGCCAACCCCCCUACCGUCUGAGCCAGCUGCCCUCCAGCAGCAGCCAUAUGGGGGGUCCCCCUGCUGGGGUGGGCCUUCCCUGGGCUCAGCGGGCUCGCCUCCAGCCAGCCAGUGUGGCCUUGAGGAAGCAGGAGGAGGAGGAGAUCAAGCGCAACAAGGCCCUGUCGGACAGCUACGAACUCUCCACGGACCUGCAGGACAAAAAGGUGGAAAUGCUGGAGAGGAAGUACGGGGGCUCCUUCUUGAGCCGUCGGGCUGCCAGGACCAUCCAGACGGCCUUCCGCCAGUACCGCAUGAACAAGAACUUUGAGCGGCUCCGCAGCUCAGCCUCGGAGAGCCGCAUGUCCAGACGGAUCAUCCUUUCCAACAUGCGGAUGCAGUUCUCUUUUGAGGAGUACGAGAAGGCCCAGAACCCUGCGUACUUCGAGGGCAAGCCUGCCUCGCUGGACGAGGGUGCCAUGGCUGGUGCCCGGAGCCACCUGCUCGAACGGGGCCUCCCGUAUGCGGGCUCCUGUGGAGGGGGCAUCGAUGGUGGGGGCAGCUCCGUCACUACAUCGGGAGAGUUUUCCAAUGACAUCACAGAGCUGGAGGACUCCUUCUCCAAACAGGUCAAGUCUCUGGCUGAAUCCAUUGAUGAGGCCCUGAACUGCCACCCAUCGGGGCCCAUGUCUGAGGAGACAGGGUCAGCACAGCUGGAGAAGCGAGAGUCGAAGGAACAGCAAGAGGACAGCUCAGCCACAUCCUUCAGUGACCUUCCCCUCUAUUUGGAUGACCCAAUUCCCCCACCAUCCCCUGAACGACUUCCCAGCGCAGAGCCCCCACCCCAGAGCCGGCCUGAGUUCUGGGCACCAGCCCCUCACCCACCAGUUCCUCCACCAGGGCCACCAGGGACCCGGGAAGAUGGGAGCCGUGAGGAAGGCCCUCGAAGGGGGCCUGGGUGCUUGGAGUGUCGGGAUUUCCGGCUGCGGGCCGCUCACCUUCCCCUGCUCACCAUUGAGCCUCCUAGUGACAGCUCUGUGGACCUGAGUGACCGCUCAGAUCGCGGCUCUGUCCACCGCCAGCUGGUAUAUGAGGCCGAUGGCUGCAGCCCCCAUGGGACCCUAAAGCACAAAGGCCCACCAGGCAGGGCCCCAAUCCCACACCGCCACUACCCAGCCCCCGAGGGCCCAGCCCCAGCCCCACCAGGGCCCCUGCCACCAGCCCCCAACAGUAGCACUGGGCCCAGUGGUGUGGCUGGCGCUCGGAGGUUGGGGAAGUGCGAGGCGGCAGGCGAGAACUCUGAUGGUGGCGAUAACGAGAGCCUUGAGAGCUCCAGCAAUUCCAAUGAGACCAUCAACUGCAGCUCUGGCUCCUCUUCGAGGGACAGCCUGAGGGAGCCUCCAGCCACCAGCCUGUGCAAGCAGACUUACCAGCGAGAGACGAGGCACAGCUGGGACUCACCAGCCUUCAACAACGACGUGGUGCAGAGGCGGCAUUACAGAAUUGGCCUCAACCUCUUCAAUAAGAAGCCAGAGAAGGGCAUCCAGUACCUGAUUGAGCGGGGCUUCCUGUCAGACACACCGGUGGGAGUGGCUCACUUCAUCCUGGAACGGAAAGGCCUCAGCCGGCAGAUGAUAGGGGAAUUCCUAGGGAACCGGCAGAAGCAGUUCAACAGAGACGUAUUGGACUGUGUGGUGGAUGAGAUGGACUUCUCCUCCAUGGAUUUGGAUGAUGCGCUCCGGAAGUUCCAAUCCCAUAUCCGGGUUCAGGGCGAGGCUCAGAAAGUGGAGCGACUCAUUGAAGCCUUCAGCCAGCGGUACUGUGUGUGUAACCCAGCCCUCGUGCGCCAGUUUCGGAACCCAGACACCAUCUUCAUCCUCGCUUUUGCCAUCAUCCUCCUCAACACUGACAUGUACAGUCCCAGCGUCAAGGCUGAACGCAAGAUGAAACUAGAUGACUUCAUCAAGAACCUAAGAGGGGUUGACAAUGGUGAAGACAUCCCUCGAGACCUCCUGGUGGGUAUCUACCAGCGAAUCCAGGGGCGUGAACUUCGGACCAAUGAUGACCACGUGUCCCAAGUGCAGGCUGUGGAGCGCAUGAUUGUGGGCAAGAAACCAGUACUGUCUCUUCCUCAUCGCCGACUGGUUUGCUGCUGCCAGCUCUAUGAGGUGCCAGACCCAAACCGCCCCCAGAGGCUAGGGUUGCAUCAGCGGGAGGUCUUUCUCUUCAAUGACCUCCUUGUGGUCACCAAAAUUUUCCAGAAGAAGAAGAUCUUGGUGACGUACAGCUUCCGUCAGUCUUUUCCCCUCGUGGAAAUGCACAUGCAGCUCUUCCAGAAUUCAUAUUACCAGUUUGGAAUCAAGUUGCUGUCUGCAGUACCUGGUGGGGAGCGAAAAGUCCUCAUCAUUUUCAACGCCCCCAGCCUUCAGGAUAGGCUGCGCUUUACAUCUGACCUGCGUGAGUCCAUCGCUGAGGUGCAGGAGAUGGAGAAAUACCGCGUGGAGUCGGAACUGGAGAAGCAGAAAGGUAUGAUGCGGCCUAACGCCUCACAGCCCGGCGGGGCCAAGGACUCCGUGAACGGCACGCUGGCCCGCAGCAGCCUGGAGGACACCUAUGGCGCAGGCGAUGGGCUCAAGCGGGGCGCACUCAGCAGUUCCCUGCGAGACCUCUCAGACGCAGGGAAGCGGGGGCGGCGUAACAGCGUGGGAUCGCUGGACAGCACCAUCGAAGGGUCCGUUAUUAGCAGUCCGCGCCCUCACCAGAGGAUGCCACCUCCGCCCCCACCCCCGCCGCCAGAGGAGUACAAGAGCCAGAGACCGGUCUCCAACUCCUCAUCCUUCCUGGGCUCCCUCUUUGGAAGCAAGCGGGGCAAGGGGCCCUUCCAGAUGCCGCCGCCGCCAACAGGCCAGGCCUCUGCCUCCUCUUCAUCUGCUUCUUCCACCCACCACCACCACCACCACCACCACCAUGGCCACAGCCACGGGAGCCUGGGGGUGCUGCCCGAUGGGCAGUCCAAGCUCCAGGCCCUGCAUGCCCAGUAUUGCCAAGGACCAGGCCCCGCCCCGCCGCCCUACCUUCCUCCCCAGCAGCCCCCUCUGCCCCCUCCUCCUCAGCAGCCCCCACCCCUGCCUCAACUGGGCUCCAUCCCGCCACCUCCCGCCUCAGCCCCGCCAGUGGGGCCGCAUCGCCAUUUCCACGCCCACGGCCCAGUCCCAGGCCCCCAGCACUACACGUUGGGCCGGCCAGGCAGAGCUCCCAGGCGAGGCGCUGGAGGACACCCCCAGUUCGCUCCCCAUGGCCGCCACCCCCUGCACCAGCCCACGUCUCCGUUGCCCCUGUACAGUCCUGCCCCCCAGCACCCGCCAGCCCACAAGCAGGGCCCCAAGCACUUCAUCUUCAGCCACCACCCACAGAUGAUGCCAGCAGCAGGGGCCUCCGGGGGCCCCGGAUCCCGGCAGCCAGGGGGCUCCUACUCCCACCCGCACCACCCGCAGUCGCCAUUGUCACCACACUCGCCCAUCCCACCGCAUCCCUCCUACCCACCCCUGCCCCCUCCUUCCCCCCACACCCCGCACUCACCCCUGCCGCCCACCUCACCCCAUGGCCCCCUGCACGCCUCUGGGCCCCCUGGCACCGCCAGCCAACCCUCUGCAAACCCUAAGGCCAAACCAAGUCGGAUCAGCACCGUGGUCUGA